AUGUCACCACUGGAUGAUAUGUUCCUUUCGGGAUCACUGGACAGGACAAUCCGUCUGUGGGAUUUACGAAUGCAGAGCUGUCAGGGUUUGAUGCAUGUUCCGUCGAGACCUGUGGCUUCGUUUGAUCCGGAAGGUCUGAUUUUUGCGGCAGGAAUAAAUUCAAAUACAAUCAAGCUGUACGAUUUGCGAUCAUUCGAUAAGGUUGCUGAUGUCUUAAAAUGUACUCUAUCUCUAAUUAUACCUUAG